ACAAGACCAGCCUCUAAUUGUGCAGUUGCUGACAACCUUUUAGUUGAUCGUCUACGUCCAGGUUUUAAACUAAAUCCUGGCAAACUUGCUAAAACUUCCCUCAUUGUGGCAGCAGGCUCUUCAGUUGCUAUGUUUCAUGAAACAUUACACUUACUAGUGUUAAUAUGCUGUACAUUAUUGACUGGAGACGGUGGAUCAUUUGGUGGAGGUGGAGUUUUCCGACGAAAAUGGGGCAGUCGGACGACGUUGAAGAUUCUACAUAUAGUAGACAUCAAGAUUUGUGUCAGAAAUUAAAUAUGGAUGCAACUGCUGCAGCCGAAGCCUGGAAAUCUUACGAAACAAUCAGACAAAAUUAUACUCUGGAGGGUGAUCAGUUGCAUUGGAUAGGUUGUGCAUUGUAUGUAGCAUGCCGUAAGUCUUCUAUACCUACUGUUGGAAAGACUGGUACUAAUGUGGAAGGCAAUUGUGUGUCAUUAACACGAUUGUUACAAUUGUGUAAUCUUCCAUUGAUACAAUUCUUUACCAAAAGUAAGUCUUGGGCUGACAUGGCCAAUAUGCCACAAGAUUUUCGCUCAAAGAUAGAAAAACUUGAAGGAAACUUUGCUGUUUCUAUGGUUAUAUUUAAAAAGUAUCAGCCGAUCUUUACUGAUGUAUUCAAAGAUCCAGUGGAUGAUAUCUCACGACCACAUAGAUCUAGACGGCAUAAAGCUAUACCUUGUACUCCUGCCAGAGUAUUUGAAUUUUGUUGGACAUUAUUUAUUUGUAUAAAGGGAGCAUUUCCAGAUAUUUCAGAUGAUUUAGUAAAUUCUUAUCAUCUUCUUUUGGCCUGCUGUGAUCUUAUAUAUAGCAAUGCUUUGUUGGCUAAUAGAAAAGAUCUUUUAAAUCCUAAUUUUCCUGGUUUACCAGCAAACUUUAAUGAUGACAAUUACACUCCACCUCAAACAGCAAAUUGUAUAAUUACUCUGUUAUGUGAGCGCCAUGAAGCUAUUGCAGUUGAAGCUAAAGUCAUUAAGGAGUAUUAUUUGAGGAAUCAUAUUAAUAAACUGUUUAAUGACAGAGUCUUGCGUGGUGACCAGUCAAAUUUUUCUGGUAUUCUAGAAGCUUUGAAUUUUGAUGGCAACAGCAAAGCUAUUAACAAAGUAUAUGAACAACAUGUACUAAGUGUUGGAGAUUUUGAUGAAAGAAUUUUUUUAGCUGACUGGAGACGAGUCAGAUUAAAUGGAAUAUCAAGUUUGGAAAUAGUAGGAGGAAAUAUAGCUUGUCAUGUUAAAUUAUCAAAACAUAUUUCCAUAAAAGGUAAUGAUGCUAGUAACAAUAUAGGUUCUCCUACACAAAUGAUGAAUGUUGGUGAUCUUCAGGAACAAUUUCAAAUAAAAAGAGAACAAUAUAGUGGCCAAAUACAACAUUUAGCUCCACCUACUCCAUUAACGGGUCGUAAUUACCUUAAGUCAAAAGAUAUUACCAACGUGACACCAGUAUCUACUGCAACACAAAGCGUAAUUCGACUUCAAGCCAUGUUAGCAGGCCAAACAUCACCAAGUGAAAACUUGUUGCAAAUUUUAAACAGCUGUUCUCAAGAUGCAAAGACGCUUGUUGAAUCAAAGGUGAAAGAAAUUGGAGAACAGUUUUGUGCUAACUACAACAAAAGUACAAAUGUCAAUGACACUACUUCAGAUUUUGGAAAGAAAAGACUUUACUUAGGACAAACCCUUUUCUACAGACUGUUGGAAAAAAUUUUAAAUGAUGAAAAACGCAAGAAACCAAAUUAUGACGUGACGAAUCUUCUUAUGAACGAGGUCUUCAUUCAGUGUUUAUUCGCCUGUUGUUUAGAGAUCGUCAUUUAUUCAUAUAAAAGUAAUGACAAAAUUUUCCCGUGGAUUUUAAAUGCUUUGAAUUUAGACGCCUACUAUUUCUAUAAAGUCAUAGAAAUUAUAGUCAGAGCAGAAGAUCAGUUAUCUCGCGACGUUGUAAAACAUUUAAAUCAAAUAGAAGAAAAAAUUUUGGAAUCCCUUGCAUGGAAAAAUGACAGUCCAUUAUGGGGUGCUAUUCAAUCCACACCAGAAGGUGUACCAAGCUGCGAAGAAGUUUCUUUACCUGGUACAUUAGAAACUGUUGACCCAAAUAUUCCUGGUCAACCAGUGUUAAGAAGAAUUGCUUUGGAUCGUGGCACUCACCAUGACGUACAACAAAGUCCUAUUUCGUCCGCCUCAGAAAGAUUUCAGUCUCCCGUUGCAGCAUCCGGCGUAGCUAAGAAACGUCUCUUUCCUGAUACCAGAAUCAGUGGACAGAGCGUAUUGCGAGUAGCGGGGCAAAACGUUUUACCGUCAAAAGUUUUAAUUGACGGUAAUUCAAGAAUCCUUCUAUUACCUGAACUCACGGUUCCAAGAUCGUCUGGUGUGCAAGCUACUAGCACACCGAUGCAAACUGUAACGGUCAACAGGGAACCAGUGAAACCAAAACGAACUGGUUCCGUUGCAUUGUUCUUUAGGAAAUUUUAUAAUCUCGCAAGUGUACGCAUGUUAGAUUUAUGUGGUUCGUUAGAAAUAAUGGAUAUUGAUUUAAAGAAAAAAAUAUGGACCAUCUUCGAGUAUUCCAUCAAGGAACGAACGGAAUUAAUGAAAGAUCGGCAUCUUGAUCAAAUUUUAAUGUGUGCAAUUUAUGUGAUAUGCAAAUUAGCAAAAAUGGAGAAAAAUUCAUUCACCGAAAUCAUGCGGUGUUACCGAUUACAACCACAAGCAGAGUCUCACAUCUAUAGAUCGGUACUUAUAGCUAAAACAUCGACGGACGAGUCACAAAAAACUAGCGAAGAAAGCGGACAGAAAGAUGUACCAGAUAAAGAGCCUAAUGUUGCACCUCCUACGCCUACGAACAUGGCAGGAACUUCACAAAACUUCGGUGAAGAAACACGCGGCGAUCUAAUUAAAUUCUAUAACACAGUAUACGUACCACAAGUUAAAGAGAUGGCCAAUAAGUUGGGACUGGCUCGUGGCAGCGUGACAAAUCUCUCAUUAAGUCCAUUACCAAAGGGAAAACCUCCUGCGAGUUCUCCUGUAAGACGUGUCACCAGUAGCAUCAUGACACGUACAUUAGAUCCAAAAGCUAUUUCAGCUUCUCCAGCGCCACAGCUUAGUUAUUGCUUUAGUCGUAGUCCUGCUAAGGAUUUAGAGGCUAUUAAUAAAAUGAUGAUUUCUGUCGAUCCAAAACGAUCCGUUGGAAAACGACUCUUAACUGAUGACACUGAUGUGGAAAUGUCAGAGGCGACGUCUCCUAUUAAAAAAACAACUGCUUUUGUUGCUCGCAGAUUGGAAAAUAUAAUUGGGGAAAGACGUACGCAGAACCAAUAAGAAAUACAAUGGAUUGUUAAAUAGGUUAUUGAGAACUGAAUUAUACAUAGGUAACGGAAGAAGAAUCUUCAGGAGACAUUUUCGUUUUUAUUGAAUAAAAAUUGAUCGAUAUCAACAAGUAGGAAGAGCCGUUUUGAAGUCGAAUAUCUGUUUCUUGGCUGUGUAGCUUAAAAUAAAUGAAAUGUUCGCUUCUCAGGUAUGAUCAUGUUAGAAACAGAGAAAAGGCCCGUAUAAUACCUGAUCGUAUAUAUAAAGAUACGAUAUUGUUAUAUUAAGUGAAGUCAGAAUUUUAUUUCCAGUGUUCCCUUAUAGUUUUCGAUCAGUUAAAUCAAGACUAGGUAUUUUAAUGCAUUUUGGAGAGAAUUCCAAAAUAUUGAGAAAAUAUUAUUAUAGAAUAGAUGUAGAAUAUACUGGGCAUUUUCUUAGUCUUCCUUUCUUAAAUAUCAUUUCAUUUUAAACAUUAAUUUUAUAUUCAUUACUACACGUUAACACAAAUUUUUAAUAACUUUACAAAAAAUAAUUUUAAAGUUGCUUUAAAUUUGGUUACAAAUAUUACGUUAUAAUUAAUGUUAAGGAUGUUCAUUAAAUGUUUAUAUUUCACUGGAAAUGAUUCUGGCUUUUAUUGGUAUCACAAAUCAGCGGUAUUUUGAUAGAGCUAUGUAUGUACUCUCUUCAAAAUUAUAUACUUAUAUAACUUAUACAUAUGUAUGAUGAAUUUAUAAGAGGUACGGCCAUAGAUGGUAAAAGAAUAUUAUUUUACCGGUAGAUUUAAGCAUGCUGUAAAGGCAAUGAAUGCUGGACGCAUGCAGAUACAAUUUGGGUGAUAUUUAAUUAAAGUUAUUAGGCUUAAGUUUCAAUUUACAAAAUUUCAACGUUUAAUCAAUGUAUUCUUUUGGUCUUGAAUGUAAUAAGUUAUUCGCGUUUCUCGAUCCCGGCCUCACGUGUAUGCGUGUACUAGAUUUAAGUGUUUUUCUUGUUUUUUUUUUUUUUUCAAA